CUCUCCUCCCUCAUUCUCUCCCCUCCUGUACAUCUCUGUUCCCCUCCCUCGUUCCUUGGAUCCCAAAUCACUUAGAGAGCAGCUCACAGGGAUCUGAACUCAACAGAGAGAUAGAGAAGAGAGAGGGAGGGAGGAGAGAGCAAGUGAGGGAGGGAGAGAGAGAGAGAGCACAAGUUAUUUCCUUGGGAAUAAAGCCCACCUUUGUACAGCCGGCAGCAACAGGCUCCCCAUCACAGAAGGUGACUAUGAGAGCAUGGGUCCUUUUGCUUUUAUCCCUUACCCUGAUCUUGACUACAGAGGUGAGUGGACAAAGACGCAAACCCCGUCCAACAGUUGUCCGCCCAGCCAAGAAACCAACUCCUUUGCCAGCAGAGCCUGUGGAGCCUACUGAACUGCCACCCCCUCUUCCUCCAGGUCCCCCAUCUGUUUUUCCUGACUGCCCAAGAGAGUGUUACUGCCCAGCUGAUUUCCCUUCCACAAUCUACUGUGACAGUAGAAAUCUGCGCAAGGUUCCAGUCCUCCCCUCUCGUGCCCGUUAUGUCUAUCUUCAGAAUAAUUUUAUUGAUGAUCUUGCCGAAGAGUCAUUCAAAAAUGCAACAGACCUACAAUGGAUCAACCUGGACAACAAUCGAAUAAAGAAAGUAGAAAAGAAAUUACUGGAGAAAAUGGACAAUCUGACUUAUUUGUACAUGGAAAAGAAUCAGCUAAAGGAAAUUCCAUCAUACCUUCCUCCAAAGCUUGAACAGCUACGCCUAAGCCGCAAUCAGAUCUCUAAGAUACCAUCUGGAGUCUUUAGUAAGAUGGACAACCUUAUCUUGCUGGACCUGCACCACAACAAACUAAGUGAUGGGGUUUUCAAUAAGAAUACAUUUAAAGGUCUUAAGAGUCUUAUCCAGUUGAAUCUGGCUCACAACAUCCUAAGAAAAAUGCCUCCCACAGUGCCUGAGACUGUGAACCAGCUGUUUCUGGACAGGAAUAACAUUGAGGACAUUCCUGCUGAUUAUUUCAAGGAACUUCCAAACUUGGCCUUUCUCAGACUAAACUAUAACCAGCUGUCAGAGAAAGGUCUACCCAAAAAUGCCUUCAACAUCUCCAGCCUCCUGGUCCUUCAACUUGCCCAUAACAGAUUCACCGUGGUGCCACUUAUCAAUCCCAGACUGGAGCACCUGUACCUAAAUGACAACAAUAUUGAAAAGGUUAAUGGCACAGAGAUCUGCCCAACUCCCUUUGUCGCAGUUGACUAUUUUUCUUCUGAUUUUUCGUCUGUCCCCCGACUCCGAUACCUGAGGCUGGAUGGGAAUCAACUGAAGCCCCCUAUUCCUCUGGAUGUUAUAAUGUGCUUUCGGCUGCUGCAAUCUGUCAUCAUCUGAGGAGGAUAACUCACUUGCUUCUAAACCAAGACACACCAUCAAAGCAACUUGUUGUAGUAGUUAAUACUUUUCUUUUGUAUAAAAAUAGCUUCAAAUGUAAACAUUUUAUUCUUUACCUUUGAAAAAUGUUAAAGUAAAACUAAAGUCAAAAUUCAGAGAGACUAUGUAAUUUUAAACAACUUUCCAAUUUA